GCCAUUUGAUUAGUCUCUUAAUUUAUUUGUUAAUCGUGAUUAGCUUUUCUCUCCCUCUCUCUGUAGGUUAACGUUGGUGUUGAUCUCUUCUUGUUUGCAGGAGGAGAUCUUCAAACGUUAAACAAAGAGAAGAGGUGGAAAGGGAGAAAAAAUGGCGGCGAUGAACUCGUCAUCUUUUGGUGUGGUUGCAAUUAUUGCCACCUUUUACGCUAUCGUUUUGCCUGUGGCUCGUGCGACCAGCUUGGCUCCGGCACCGGCAUCGGCAUUAACAAGCGAUGGGACAACAAUAGACCAAGGGAUAGCAUACGCUCUAAUGCUGCUGGCAUUAGUGCUCACAUAUCUCAUCCACUAAAUUGUACCAUCCGAUGAUCGAUGAUGAUAGAGAUGGAGGGAAACGGACGGUGCAAGAUCAAGCAAGGAUAAUGUAAAAUCAAUUUGCAAAUUGGAUAAGAGUACAUUUAUUUGAGGAUUUAUUGCGAAUUUGGUCAGGUUCUUGUUUAAUAUUCUUCCAUGUAUAUUGGUUCUCCAACGUUAAAUUUACUUCAUUAAUUAGUAUAUUAAUUUGUAAAUUUCUUGUUUUUGUUCGGUUUAAUAUGACCAAAAGAAAAUACUGGAUGUAGUCAUAUUGGUUAAAACAAAUGUGCUCUCCACAUACACCUAAAUGACAAA